CGUGAAAAACUCUGGCUGGGGCCCGGGCUUUUGCCUUCCUCCUCCUCCUCCUCUUACCCACCUUCCAGCACCCCUCCCUUCUCCCUCCUCCCGCAGCUCAGGUUGCCGCUUCUUUGGGGGCAACUGCUCACCUUUCCAGAGCCGGGAAGAGCCAGGGUCCCGAGUAGGGACCCCGGCGGGGCGCUGGGCGCGGGGCAGGGCACCCAAGCCUGGUAGGGCGGCCGCGGCGGGUGAGAGCCUGCUCGCCACAACCGGGACACGAGCAGAGUCCAGGCGGCGGCCGGAGAGGGGCACCGCGCCGGGCAAGCUGAGCAAAGGACCUACCAAGGGCCCUUGCUGAUCAUGAACAAGAUGAAGAACUUCAAGCGAAGGCUUUCCCUGUCUGUGCCCCGCCCAGAGACCAUUGAGGAAUCCUUGGCUGAGUUAACCGAGCAGUUCAACCAGCUCCACACCCAGAGGAAUGAGGAUGGCCGGGAUGAGCCUGGGCAGCUGUCCCCUGGCAUGCAGUAUCAGCAACGGCAGAGCCAGCGCCGCUUCUCCAUGGAGGACCUCAACAAGAGGCUCUCUCUACCCAUGGAUAUCCGCUUGCCCCAGGAAUUCCUGCAGAAGCUGCAGCUGGAGAGCCCAGGGCUGUCUAAGCCACUCACCCGCAUGUCCCGCCGUGCCUCCCUGUCAGAUAUCGGCUUUGGGAAACUGGAAACAUAUGUGAAGCUGGACAAACUGGGGGAGGGUACCUACGCCACUGUCUUCAAGGGGCGCAGCAAGCUGACGGAGAACCUUGUGGCCCUGAAGGAGAUCCGGCUGGAGCAUGAAGAGGGAGCACCCUGCACUGCUAUUCGAGAGGUGUCUCUGCUGAAGGACCUGAAACAUGCCAAUAUUGUGACCCUGCAUGACCUCAUUCACACAGAUCGAUCCCUCACCCUGGUGUUUGAGUACCUGGACAGUGACCUGAAACAGUAUCUAGACCACUGUGGAAACCUCAUGAACAUGCACAAUGUCAAGAUUUUCAUGUUCCAGCUGCUCCGGGGCCUGGCCUACUGCCACCGCCGUAAGAUUCUGCACCGGGACCUGAAGCCUCAGAACCUGCUCAUCAAUGAAAGGGGCGAGCUGAAGCUGGCUGACUUUGGCCUGGCCCGGGCCAAAUCAGUGCCUACAAAGACCUAUUCCAAUGAGGUGGUGACCCUCUGGUACAGGCCUCCAGAUGUGCUGCUGGGAUCCACAGAGUACUCCACCCCCAUUGACAUGUGGGGCGUGGGCUGCAUCCUUUAUGAAAUGGCCACCGGGAAGCCCCUCUUCCCAGGCUCUACUGUCAAGGAGGAGUUACACCUCAUCUUCCGGCUUCUGGGGACUCCUACAGAAGAGUCAUGGCCGGGGGUGACAUCCAUCUCCGAGUUUCGAGCCUACAACUUCCCCCGAUACCUGCCACAGCCGCUGCUCAGCCAUGCUCCCAGGUUGGAUACUGAAGGCAUCAACCUCCUGACCAGCCUCCUCCUGUACGAAUCCAAGAGUCGCAUGUCGGCGGAGGCAGCCCUAAAUCACCCCUACUUCCAGUCUCUGGGAGAACGUGUACACCAGCUCGAAGACACUGCCUCCAUCUUCUCCCUGAAGGAGAUCCAGCUCCAAAAGGACCCAGGCUAUCGUGGCCUGGGCUUUCAGCACCCAGGGCGAGGGAAGAGCCGGCGGCAGAGCAUCUUCUGAGCCGUGCCCACCCUGCUUCAGCUCGAGGGAUGAGAGGCCACGAGGAACACAAAUUCAGGAAGUAUGGGGCCUAUGUGGCCAUCAGAGGGCUGAAAAAUGAAUGCCUGUGGCUAGUCUGGAGGAGCACUUGGCAGCCCUGUUGGUAGCAGUUGCUUCCUUUCCUUGCUUGCCACACCUCUGUGAUGGCCUCUACCUGGACACCAACCCCUUUGUCACCCUUGUGGGAUGGAGGCAUGAGCUGCUUCCCUGAGAGGAAGGGAAGGGUAAGGAGGGGCCUGGGACCCUUUCCCAGCUGAAGUGCAGGAGAAUGUGGGGGUCCUGGAUGGCUCAUCAGCUUGACCAACCCCUUUCUUAUCCCUUGGAUGUUUGCUUCACCUUCUUCCCCUCUAAGAACAAGGGAUACAGCACCUUACCUGGCAUCCCUGGAGAAUCAGGAAAAGUAGUAUCCCAUCUUGUCACCAUCUCCACCAUGCUAUGGUCCCCUCCUUGCCAGAAGCCCUUGUACCCUCUGGCUUGAACCAAAGCUAAAAAGUCAGCAUGCUGCCCAUGCAGCAGGAUGUACUCCUGCCACCUCAGCUACCCUCUGCCCAUCCCCCAGUUUGGAAAGGGUUGCCUUAAACUGGCAGGUGGUAGAACGUAGUCCUUGGAGCUCUGACCUAGCACCUAUGUUCUUCUUCCCUAAGCCACUCCUAUGGGUGUUAUCAUCCCUGAGGGCUGAUAAGUCAGCCCUGUCUCAGGGUCCUGAGGCUGGCACUCAGAUAUGCCAGGUCACCCUGACACUGGUACCAGGGUGGCCUUGGGUAUUUAGGUCUGUUGCAGCCUUUCCCCCAUCCCCCGCCUCCUUCUUAGCCCUACCCACUUGACGCUGGCACCAGCCUUUACAGAGGGGUUCCUGAGAGGAAGGGUGUUGGCAUCACAGCCUGAGCUGGAGAAAGGUGAUGGCAACAGGUCUGAUACUGAGAGCGCCAUCCUGCAUCCCCUGGAGAAGACACCUUUCCUCAGCACUCCUCUCAUGUCUCCCCAACACUUGGCUGAACUUGAAGGACAAAGGCCAAGGGGAGGUCAAGCCCAUGUUUUCUCCACAGGUCCCAUGCCCAUCCCAACCCCUUAGAGCCUGGGUUUUCCCUAACCCCCUUCCCCACUGACUGUGAAUGUCCUGUGACUCAGAGCAAAGACAGAGAAUAUAUUUAAUUCAUGUUGUACAGAAA